UGAACUUCUGAUGCGCAACGCUGCCGUGAGUUUCCCACUCUGUGCGAGAAGAAUACUAGAAUCCGUCCCUCCUUUCACUUUUUGCCCCCUUCCACGAACCCCCAAUCUACCAGCAAAUACGAAGAACGCACAACGGCCGCUUCGAAUAUCAGAAUAUCCCUGAGGCCACGCUUUAGCAAGACCAAUACUCGACGCGCUGUGCUGCAGUUCACAACACCCAUCUAGCCACUAUGGCUUCCUUCUUAGAGAGCUCGUACAGCUUAGUACAUCAAGACAAUGCGGCAGAUGUACCAACAAUGUCAGACCUGCGCAAUCAGUUGGAGAAGGGAACGGAUGAGAGCAAGGUGGAAACCAUGAAGCGCAUUCUCACAGUAAUGCUGAAUGGAGACCCCAUGCCUCAACUACUCAUGCACAUUAUUCGUUUCGUUAUGCCUUCAAAGCAUAAGGCGUUGAAGAAGCUUUUAUAUUUCUAUUAUGAAAUAUGCCCCAAGCUUGAUUCCAGCGGUAAGCUGAAGCAGGAGAUGAUUCUUGUCUGCAACGGAAUUCGAAAUGACCUUCAGCAUCCGAACGAGUACAUCCGAGGAAACACAUUACGAUUCUUGUGCAAGCUUCGGGAAGCAGAACUCAUUGAACCCCUCCUAUCCUCUGCACGAUCUUGUCUAGAACAUCGCCAUGCAUACGUACGCAAAAAUGCUGUCUUUGCAGUUGCAUCCAUCUUCCAACAUUCAGAGAGUCUGAUCCCCGACGCCCCCGAGCUUAUUGCCACGUUUUUGGAGACUGAGAGUGAUCAUACCUGCAAAAGGAAUGCAUUUGCGGCUUUGGUUAGCAUCAGCCAUGACAAAGCACUGGCAUAUCUGAGCAGUGUAUUUGAUGGCAUCCCAAAUGCAGAUGAAUUGCUCCAGUUGGUUGAGCUUGAGUUCAUCCGCAAAGAUGCGAUUCAGAACUCUCAAAAUAAGGCUCGCUAUCUCCGUCUCAUUUUCGACCUUCUCGAAGCUGGUGCCACAACUGUAGUCUACGAGGCUGCAUCAUCUUUGACCGCAUUGACCAACAACCCGGUGGCUGUCAAGGCGGCCGCAUCGAAAUUCAUUGAGCUGAGCAUCAAGGAAGCCGACAACAAUGUCAAGCUGAUUGUACUUGACCGUGUUGAUGCUCUGAGACAGAAAAAUGAGGGCGUCUUAGACGACUUGAUUAUGGAGAUUCUCCGUGUCCUGUCGAGUCCUGAUAUUGAUGUCAGGAGAAAGGCUUUGGAUAUUGCUAUGGAAAUGGUCUCGAGUAAGAACGUGGAAGAAGUGGUACUGCUUUUGAAGAAGGAACUUUCGAAAACCGUUGACCAAGAAUACGAGAAGAACAACGAGUACCGACAGUUACUCAUCCACGCCAUCCAUCAAUGUGCAAUCAAAUUCUCAGAAGUGGCCGCAAGCGUUGUUGACCUCCUCAUGGAUUUCAUUGCAGACUUCAAUAAUACGUCGGCCGUCGAUGUCAUUUCAUUCGUCAAAGAGGUGGUCGAAAAAUUCCCAAAACUUCGCCCGUCUAUCGUCGAACGUCUUGUUUCUACUUUGAGCGAGGUCCGAGCCGGAAAGGUCUACCGAGGAGCGUUAUGGAUAGUUGGUGAAUACUCACUAGAACCCAAUGAUAUCCGAGAUGCAUGGAAGAGGAUACGAACCAGUUUGGGUGAGAUCCCUAUAUUGGCAUCAGAGCAACGUCUCCUCGACGAAGCAACAGAUGGUACAGAACCACCAAAGGAAGCAGAGCAAGUCAACGGACAUUCGAAGUCGGCACCUACUGGUUCAAGGAGGGUACUUGCCGAUGGUACUUACGCCACCGAGAGUGCUCUGACCAGCCAGUCUGCAGUUGCAGCUAAGUUGGAGGCUGUGAAAGCAGCUCAGAAACCACCUCUUCGUCAACUAAUUCUCGAUGGCGACUAUUACUUGGCGUCUGUCCUUUCCUCCACUCUCACCAAACUCGUCAUGCGCCACUCAGAAAUAUCCCCUGACAAGGCACGCACCAAUGCUCUUAGAGCUGAAGCAAUGCUGAUUAUGAUCUCCAUUAUCCGUGUUGGUCAAUCGCAAUUCGUUAAGGCCCCCAUUGAUGAAGACUCCGUGGACAGAAUUAUGUCUUGUGUAAGAUCUCUCGCCGAAUUCGCACAGAACAAAGACCUUGAGACAGUCUUUUUGGAUGAUACAAGAAAGGCAUUCCGUGCUAUGGUUCAAGUUGAAGAAAAGAAGAGAGCGGCUAAGGAAGCUGUCGAGAAAGCCAAGACUGCCGUUCAAGUUGACGAUGUCGUUUCCAUCAGACAACUUGCCAAGAAGAAUGCCGGAGAUGGAACAGAUGAGAUUGAGCUUGAUCUCGAAAAGGCAACUGGUGGCGAUUCGACCGUUGAGGAUCUUUCAUCGAAGCUCAGUAGAGUCGUUCAGCUCACGGGUUUCUCAGACCCUGUAUACGCAGAGGCAUAUGUUAAAGUCCACCAAUUCGAUAUUGUUCUCGACGUGCUUUUGGUAAACCAGACAACUGAGACACUCCAAAAUCUCUCAGUAGAGUUUGCAACAUUAGGAGAUCUCAAAGUUGUUGAGCGACCAACCACACAGAACCUUGGACCUCACGACUUCCAAAAUGUCCAAUCUACGAUCAAGGUCUCAUCAACAGAUACAGGAGUCAUCUUCGGAAAUGUUGUUUACGAUGGUGCCAGCUCAACCGAGAACAAUGUGGUCAUCUUGAAUGAUGUUCAUGUUGACAUUAUGGAUUACAUUCAGCCCGCAGUGUGCACGGAAACACAAUUCCGAACUAUGUGGACUGAGUUUGAGUGGGAGAACAAAGUCAACAUCAACUCGAAAGCUAAAUCACUACGAGACUUCUUGACACAACUGAUGGCUUGCACAAAUAUGAGCUGCCUGACGCCUGAAGCUUCGAUGAAAGGGGACUGCCAAUUCCUUAGUGCCAAUUUAUAUGCACGCAGUGUCUUUGGUGAGGAUGCUCUGGCAAACCUGAGUAUCGAGAAGGAGGGAGAGGAUGGACCAGUGACCGGCUUCGUCCGAAUUCGCAGCAGAUCACAAGGGUUGGCACUUAGCCUCGGAUCAUUGAAAGGCUUGAACAAGGUUGGAGAGGCUGCCUGAGUGUGGUAGAGAUCCUAAUGAGAGAUGGACCAUUUGACUUUGCAGCUCCCCUUUUAUGAGCUUUUCGGCAAGCGUACUUCCUAAUGAAUAGAACGGAAGCUGGAGAUGCAUUGGCUGAAGCGGAUAUGACGGAGCCUGAUGUAGUGUAAGUGAUGUGCAAGUAUAGCCACGCUUUGAGUUGGGUCAUCAUGAAUGGCGCAGAAAAGCAAAAAGGAGUUAUCUAGAUACUGAGGUCAUUGCAUGAAAUACUCCAAAUGUCCUCGCUCGGAGCGUUCACUAAUGAGACAUGUGUGAUCAACCUGUUUCUAUCUUAGCGACUCU